ACUGUAUAAAAUUGAUUCCUGUAACACUAGGCAGUGAGAGUUGUGUUGGCAUUGUAGACAUGACAUCUAUUCUCUCUCUCUCAUCUCUUCUGUUGGCUCUUAAACUGUGCACAGGUGAGUGGUGCUACAAGAGCCAGUUCUCAUGCAAUGACACAUGUAAAGAGCCCGAUCACUGGCACAAGAUUUUUCCAAAAUGUGGAGGACAGAGCCAGUCACCCAUCAACAUUGUCACACGCAAGGUACAACAUAACUCAAAUCUGACCGGCUUCAUCUUCGAGGGUCACGAGGACUGUGUCAACAUCACUGUGGAAAAUCACGGACACUCAGCUCACUUCACUCUUCCUCCAUCCGUGCGGCUCCGUGGUGGCGGUCUUCCGACCACAUACAAGGCCGUUCAGUUUCAUCUGCACUGGGGAGAGGAGCAGGAGGCGGGCUCGGAGCACUCUGUGGAUGGGGAGCGGUAUCCUAUGGAGCUCCACAUUGUUCACAUUAAAGAACAGUACAGCAGCUUGCAGGAGGCUGAGAGUGACACGACGGGGGUAGCAUUACUUGCCUUCUUUUUUGAGGUCACUUUAAAGCCAAACAAACACUUUGAUAGAGUUAUAGAGGCUUUAGGAAGAGUCCGGUAUCACGGGAACACCAGUGCCAUUUCAGGGUUUAGACUGGCUGACAUCCUCCUUCCUGCAAGUAGACUGAGUUACUAUCGGUACUCAGGCUCCAUGACCACUCCAGGUUGUGACCAGAUUGUUGUGUGGACUGUGUUUCAUCAGACUCUGCCCAUUAGCCAAAAGCAGCUGGCAUUAGUGACAGAACAGCUGUUAUUCAGGACAGAAAAACCCAUGACUGGAAUAUUCCGUCCCAUGCAGAAUCUGAAUGGUCGAAUUGUGUUCAAGUCUGUGAAAAGUGACAGUGUGUGUGUAUUGCCAGGUCUAAUCUCCCUGUUUCUGUGCCUCUUUUGUGCUCUUGGACAACAAAGGUGUUUUGGUUGAACACAUUCAACAAGUUAAACCGUCUCACAUAACACUAGAUGUUCUGUAUGACACUAUUCUUUCAAAGGGAAUAUCAACGAACAAUAGAAAAUUGUUCCAGACGUUAGGUUAAGAGUUUUCAAAUGGUGCCUCUUUGACUACGGAUGACAAAUUUAAAAUCACAGUUAAGAAUAGAUUGAGAUUAUUUUAGGGCAACAUAAAAUGUAUGAAUGUAUUUUAUUUACUUUAUGAAUUUCUGUACUAAAUCAUAUUGUUAAUGAUUUAUCUAUGCUCUUUAUUUAAAUUAUUUAAAUUAUAUUUAUCAAUAUUCCAGUGUUCCUUUCUUUAGCUUCUCUCAUUUAGCCUUUUGCUUUUUAGAAUAAACUAUCACAAUAUAUUGUUCAAGUAUGAAGUAUACAGUAAUGCAUUUCCUCCGUAGAAAAUAGAUUGUUGCACUAGUUAAAUGAUUUACAUUUUUAACUAUAUUUAUACAGGAUUGGCACAAAUUUCAUUUAUGUUUCUGUCAUGUUUAAUAAUAAAAAUUCCACUGUUAGAAUAUUAUGUUAAUGCAAACCACAGAGGUCUUUAAAUCUAAUGUAUAUAACUGAUGACUAAAGAUGUUAAGACUUGAUAAAUAGAGUGUUUCCUAUUGAUGUAAUUUUUUGAUUAAACUUUAAACAAAUUCCAAUUGUACAGUGAAAUUUGUGUGUGACUGUAAAUAAAACUUAAAAUGACUA